AGCGUUGACGGUCUGUCACAUUUCACGCUGACAUCAAGCGAACACUGGGCUCAUACACUCACAUUCAAACACACUCACACGCAGGGCUCACAAUAUUAUCGACAGAUCCGAGUCAGGAGUACAGUCGAGGAGAGCACAUUGAAGUCUGUGAAAAGCUUCUUCUGUGAGAGGAAAAAACGCAAGAAAAAAAAGGAGAAACAGAGGAAAUAGCCCGAAAGGAAAUGCCAAUCGCAGCCGCUGGACAGCCAACGACUCAGGAGCCUAGAAUUUGCCCCCGGCUGCCCUCCACCCCGGAGACUGUCCCUAAAGGGGCUGAUUUAUUCGACGAGGCGGGGGCGGCGGAGUCGGCGGAGCGAACAGAGUACGGGGGCGCAGAGGGGGGCAGAGGACUCGGGGGCUAUAGUUACAGCCAGAGCGGGGCGAGGGGCUUUGUACAGCCCGGAUCUACCAACGGCUCUCCGCCGCAGUCCCCAGCCGCGUCCUCCUCUUUCCUCUUCCAUCCCUUUCACCCCCACCAAAUGACCAUGGAGCCCCCAAGGACUCGAUCGCGCUCUCGGUCUGGGUAUUACCAGCAGUACGGUGUUGGGAACGGUAAUGGAAUAACCAGCGGAGGAGUUAUGGUACCUAACCACCACCAUCACCACCACCACCACCAUCAGCAGCAGCAGCAGCUACAUCCACAGAUGCAGCACGGUGCCGGCUGCUCGCCACUUGGCGCUCACAGCAACCACUCGGAGAACCAGCAGCGAGCCCCGGGAAGUAACGCCUCUCCCGGCAUUCAGAGGCUAUCCUCGGUUCCCGGAGCGCACCGCAUCCCGGCAGCAGGAGCCUCUGGUGGGUCCUACCACUGGCACCCAGACCAUGCCUAUGGAGAGGAGAGUGAUAAGAGUGAGGAAAGCCCCAGUCCAAAGCGCCAAAGGCUGUCCAGUCAGUCCGUGUUGGAACAGCUAACUUCAUCUGCCCCCCCACCAUCCACCCCUUCUCCCCCCAUCCGCCCCUGGGAGUCAGGACCCCAAAGUCGGAGACAGCCUCACCCCCACACACACUACCACCAGGAGCGUUGCCUCACUCCUGCUCGGCACAGACGCAGCCCACCAGCAAGGCGUCAGCGUGGCCGUCUCUCCAGACCGUCCCGUCACUUGCCUUCCAAUCACCACCCCUACACCCCAGGCCCCGCUCCUCGCCUUUCACCCACAGAGCUCCAGGAUGAAAACUACCACCACAACCCACAUCCCUCCACACACCAGACAUACCCAACGCACACCCCCAGUACUUAUGGCCAGCCUCCCACUGCUGGUGGCGGAGGGGCAGUUUCAGAGGAGCCCCGAGCCUUCCAUCCCCCCACUUUGUCGCCACGGCUACUGCACCCGGCUGCCCACCACCACCACCAUCAUCAUCAGCAACAGCAUCAUGCAUCACAGCAGCAGCAAGGAGCCAUGGUUAUGGACCUGCAUGAACAGUUGCAGCAGGGCAGUGUACCGGUUUCCUACACAGUGACCCCAGUUCCUCCUCAUGGUCUCGCAGCGCCUUUGUGUAGCGGUCAGCAUCUCCCCCCCACCUGCUCGUCACAACAACAGGUCCCUGCCUGCAGUGUGGUCUUCAGCACUGGACAACACUACCACCCGAUGCUACAGGCAUGUUCAAUGCAACACUUGCCAGUGCCCUAUGCCUUCCCCUCACUGCUGUCCAGUGAUCCUCAGUUCCUGCUUCCCCCUCCGCCUCACCUUUCUCACCACCCACCUCAUCUCCCCACACCCGGACAGUUCCUGCCUUUCCAGACACAACAGCCGCGAUCGCCAUUACAGAGGAUCGAAAAUGAGGUUGAGCUUCUGGGAGAGCAGCUUUCAGUGGGUGGAGGCUUCAGCUAUGCCCACCAUCACCAUCACCACCAUCACCCCCAGCCUCCCUCCACCCUGCCGCCCUCUACGCCACUCCAAUUCCUUUCACACCAUGACCCCCUGUCACAGGAGCUUUUUACAGUGCCCUAUCCACACUUUAUGCCUCGUCGAUUCACAAGCCGGCGUUUCCGUUCUCAGCAGGCUAUACCGCCAUCUCCCUACCACCCCAGCUUCCUGCCUUAUUUCUUGUCAAUGCUUCCUGUGCCCCCAAAUGUGGCCCCUGCUAUCAGUCUAGAGCUGGAUGUGGAUGAUGGAGAGGUGGAGAACUAUGAGGCCCUGUUGAACCUCGCAGAACGUCUAGGAGAGGCUAAGCCGCGAGGUCUAACGAAGGCAGAUAUAGAACAGCUUCCGUCAUACAGGUUCAACCCCAACAACCAUCAGUCUGAACAAACACUGUGUGUGGUAUGUAUGUGUGACUUUGAGUCUCGCCAACUCCUGAGGGUAUUACCCUGUAAUCACGAGUUCCAUGCCAAAUGUGUAGACAAGUGGCUUAAGGCCAACCGGACGUGUCCUAUCUGUCGAGCCGAUGCCUCUGAGGUCCAGCGGGACUCUGAGUGACCUCAUGUCAACACUCACAAUCCCUGACUUCCUUUUGGAUGCACCAACCAAUCAGUGAACUUCUAUACCUUUUAUCAUACGCCUCGGCUUGCACAGUCUGCCGCAUAACUGGGACCAUUGCUCCUCAAUUCUUUACUGUUCAUCCCGCAGACACCGAACAGUAAUUCUCACCUGGAAUUAGCAUUUAACAGUGUGGAGACUUUCUGCUGACUCGUUUUCACUUUAUCUCUGGACUUCACAGGCCUUCUGUUUUGGACUAAUUAUGCCCUACUACUCUGCCUUCUGUUGAUGGUUACUGCUCACUAUGAAUGGCCUUGGAAAUAUACACAGUGUCAUGUGCAGGUGGACAUAUAUGUUUGUAUUUUUUUAAUGACAUGAGCCCUUCCAAAUGGAUCCGCUCAGUCUUCUUGGUGAAUAAGAGAAGAAAAAGGCUUAUUUGAAAAAGUUCUGUGUUGCUGUACUAACAGACAUUUAGAGAAAACUGGCAGUCCAAAGAUUCUGAUAAUUUUGUUAUUGUUCUGGUUAUAAUUAAGCAUUCACAUCAUGGCGUGCGGAGACUGUCCUUUUCAUUAGACUCAUUAUAAUUUUGAACAGAAUGAGUCACUUUAAUUUCUUCUUUGUGUAUUCUUGCAUUCCUCAGCAUCAGAGCAGCCUGUAUGGGGUGAGACAAAGUUACUGUAAACUGUGUGUCAAAGAAUGAACUACUUUGGAACAGUGAAAAAAAAUAUACACUUUAUUUUCUCUGAAUGUGUGUGCGUGUGUGCCAGUGUGUGGAUGUGAGUUACUCCUUCUGUGGUAUUUAUGCAGUUCAUGUGUUACAGUCCUGUUCAUUUCCAAUAUUUUUUUUCCACUCCAAAUUGAUUUAUCCCCAUCGGGUAACUUCAGACCAUUACAGCAAGAAUCAAAGUUAAAAAUGAAAGUUUAGGAGCAGGAACAAUGCUUUUCUGUCGAUUUUGUUUAAAGCAAAUAUUAUUAAUAUGCUUUACAUUUCUGUCUCCAUCACUGUGUUUGCCCAUCUACAUUGUUCUUGUCUGAAAAGGUUUAGGGUUUUUGAAAGACAUUUGUGAUACAGUAUUCCCAAAAAUAAAGAAAACUGAUCUGGGUCAUUCAUCACCAUCUCUACAUAUCCACUAAGCUUUCUCCAGUUGUAUUAUGUAAAGUUAGAUUUUACAGAACUAUGGAGAUUCAUUCAAACAACAAAACUUUUGUCCAUGCUCAGUUAGCUAGUUUUCCUUUGGGAAUAAGAUUUUUGAAAAUGUGACUGUAUCUGUCGUGGUACCUUCUGUAAGUGUUGGCAGAUAACACACAUUUUCUCCAUCACUGACAGGAAACAAGUUUGAAGAGGCUUAUAAGGUCACGGCUAAAUCUACUGUUUCACUGGUGGAUUUGACACUUCAGCACUUUAAUAUUUAGAUUUGAGACCUACAUGCUUUUUUCAUUCUGAUCAAACCACUGAUACAAUUUUCACAGAGUGUGUGUGUGAGAACAGACGUGAAUGCAUUAAAAACUUAUAUUUUCUUCAGUAUCCCAACAUGUCAACCCUUUUAUAUUCUCAUAUUUCUAAACGUUUUUGGUCUGCGUAUGUUACUAAUGCAUCUCCACUGUAAAGCCGUAUGUCAGCAUGUCAUAAUGUAACUCAAAUAAGUUCACCUCAAGCACACAUAAGACUUUCAAAUGUAAUUUAUCACUAUUUAUCACGACUGGUAUUUUAUGUGUAGACGACUACCUAACGCAGGCCACAUCCAGUAGAGACUGCAAAAACAGAAGUGUGUUGUGGAAAGUUCAGCCAGGCACCUGCAGUGUCUUACAUCUGAGAUGCCUUCUGUACAACUUCAUUUUUUUCCAAGUAUCUCCUGACUGUCAUCACAUCAGACCAAUAUAUUUGUUCAAACCAGAUUUUUACUUUUCAGAAAAUGCAAAGUGCAUCAAUAUCUGGGAAGAACAUCACUUUAUAAAACUCUUCUUCAGUGUUGUCAGUGUAUAAAAUUAUGUAUUAGCCAUGGGAAUCAAUGGAAAUGAUAUUUCCUGUCAUCGUUUCUUUUUCUUAGGGGUCAUAUUUGUGACUGUAUGCAUCCAUUUCGUGUCUUAGGAUUGUUUUGUGUUGGACAGUUUUGUUUUUUUUUGUUGUUGUUGCUUGGUACACUAGCAAUUACCUCAGUCCCACUAUUUAUGUCUUUUCAGAAAAUGGUGCAAACCAGUAUGAUUCGUGCUUAUCAAUUCAUUUUGCUAAACUUUUCCAUGCAAGUCGCUGGGUUGUUUGAAUAUUUUUCCUUCAAACUCUAUGAAACUCUAUAAUUAAAAUGGUGUCAUAGUAGUUUCAUUAUGUAUUUUAUUUGUAACCAAAAUCAUUUGAAGGCCUGUUAUGAUGAUAAUGAAAUUUUUAACAAACAUUUGUACAUUUUGUAUGAGAGUUACUUCUAGUAAUACUUUAUUAAGUAGUGCAAUGAUUUUUUAAUCCCUUACCCUGUCUUUUGGAUUUCAAAAGCUGGUUCAAUAAUAAAUGUAUAACAUCCUCUUCUAAAA